AUGCCAGCGAAAAAUGAAAAUUCUCUGCAGUCUGUUAAGGAGGAUACUGGAACUGGCAAGAUCCAAGGUGCUUUCUGGCUUCAGUCUCUUGUCAAUGAUGCAUUCCAUGGCAAAGGAUUUCACAUAAUAGAAGAAUAUCUGCAGCAGAAAGAGAGUCACGUGUCUCAAAAACACAACCAUCUCCUCCUACACCAUCUUGACAGACUGAUAAAUGAGGAACUGGAUAAAAAUGAGUUCUGGAAUUGUUCCCUGCUGCUGAAAUGUAUCCAGAGAUUCUUCAAAGAUGACCCAGACCAAGAUGAGCCCUUGCUAAUUCAGCAGGGACUGAUCCCAAAGAUGGUUUCCUGGUUUGAAACAGUAACAGGAUUUCUGAUGACAAAUGACAUGGCCUCAGAUGCACUGCUGACUGCUGCCGUGGGAGACUUCCUCGACACUGCGCUGGUCAUUUCCAGGCACAGCAGGAAAGGGACAAUCCAGAUGUUGGAUUCCUUCAUACGUAGUUUAGGAUUCCUGGUAGCAGAAGGCACCUUGAAGCCCUCCAUUCAGCAGGAGGCUCUGAGUACUUUGAACUGCAUCUUGGACACCGUGCCCCGGGAAGAGAGAAGGAAGCUCUCUUCAGCAGAAGGCACGCACAGUCUUAUGAAAGAAUUGGCAAGGACAAUCUUGACCGUGGGAGAUUACAGCCAGCAGGUUGCUCUAGCUGAGGCAUUGUGUAGAAUGACAGCUGGCACAGUGAGGAAUGAACUUGCUCUUCAAUGGUUUGAUGAUGCUGUCCUGGCUGAAGCUUUCCAAGAAAUUAAGAACCGGGAAUUUGAGACGGACUGCCGACAGUUUCUCAAUUUCCUGAAUAACAGACUCGGUGACAGGAGAAGGGUCUACUCAUUCCCGUGCUUAGCUGCUUUUGCUGAUGCUCAGGAGAUGAGAAAGCCGGCAGACGAAAAAUUAGAGGAAUUUUGGAUUGAUUUCAACCUAGGAAGCCAAAGCGUGACUUUUUACAUAGAUAAUAGAGAGAGUGCUCUGUGGGAGCCAGUACAACUUGUGAAGGAAGCCGUGGCCAAGUUCAGCAUAAUGGAAAGUGAUAGGAUGAAGAUGUUCGUGGUUUACCUGAAAGAGUCGAUUAUUAUCAGCAAGAAAGAAGCCAAGACAAUAGAAAUCCACUUUGAUAGGCAACUCGGCAUAUCCGAAGCUUCUGUUCGAGCUUUGGGAGAAGAUAAACAGGUGGAUUCCUUUCAGAUUCCUGUUUUGAUAAAAGUCUCCCCGGGCCUUGAAAAAGAAGAUGGCAAGAUUCCUAGUAGCCAUGAAAGAGAAACAGAGCAUACAGAAGAAUCUACAAUCCUGCUAGAGCCCAUGGAUGCUGAAGAUGACCGUUGCCUAAUAACCCGCAGCUUUAAUGUCCAGCCAGAGCCUGCUGUGAGUAAAGGGAGCUGGGAAAAGAAGCAAACACAUACAGAAGACUGUUCACCUGAAAAACCAAAACCACCUAACCCCAAACAAGUUACCUCAAAACACGAGUAUCCUUUAGAUGUGCAAGAACCAUCAAUUCAAACUCUGCCUUCUAAAGUAAACAAUACAAAGGACGAUUCUGCCUUUGAGAGGGCUGGAGAACAAGACAGAAGGAUGCUGUUUAAUUAUAGGAAACAUCACUUCUCUGAGAGCAGUGAAGAUUCAAGUUCAAGCACCAGCGAGCAUUCUUGGACCCAGAAUUACAAACAGAAAUCCCUACGAACAUAUUCCCACGGGAGGAAGCCGAGAGUCAGGUCUCUAAGGAUCCUACCACUUUCCCCUGUCAGAGGUGGCAGAGCUGGGGGGAAAGAUCAGGCUGAGCUAACACCAGUUUGGAAAGGCAUCUCCAAGCAAAAUGAUGCCAUUCUUCCAAACUUUUCUGAAACCAAACUACAAAGCAGUUCUGUGCUUUUAACUUCUGAGGCAUCUACACAGAAAAUAGAAUUUCUAAGUCCUCAUUCAUCAGACAGUCUGUCUUCCUUAGAGCCCCCAGAAGUUGAAGAAAACAUACCUCAGAUUGUGAACCGGGACUCAUUCAUGGAAAACAGUAGCUUCAAACACAAGCUAGAAAAUUCACAACAAAGAGAGACCCCAGAUGGAAGUAUUGCUGCCCCAAAGCAAUCAAGAUUAGAAGAUGCUCCAAGAUCCCCCAUCGUGACAGGUAUUUCUACUUUAUCCCAAGAAGAUGUGCCAGAAAAUGCAAAUAGUUCUGCUUUAAAAACAGCCCUUGAAAACUUCACUAGAGAUCUGAAAAGAAGAUUUGAGGUAUCACUCAAACAGAAGGAGAUUCCACUUUCUUCAGAGAAGGCAAAGGAAGUGCCAGGCUGCCUAGUCAGACUUUGGAACCAGAUAUACACGUGCAGGCUGAACAGGCUGGAGAGCUUUCUCAGUUCUGUCCUUCAGGAGCUGAGCAACUUGGAGAAGGAUCUUCAGGAUCUCAAAUACCUCGAAGAGGAUGCUGUGGCAAGUUCCUUCCUUGUCCUGUCUCUGGGAAGAAAGAUGACCUUUUCUAGGAAAAAAGGAAGCAUGGAGUGUUUAGUCAAAAUCUUUGUUCCGUUUCAGGAGUUUUGGGAGAAGCAGUCAGCUGACUUGCAGUCGUUCUGUGAUCAGCAAGCACUGAGGUACCUUUAA